UCUCCUUUCUCCCUUCCUCUGCUCCAAUCUCCACUCCACAUACUCUUCCUCUGCCACAAAGUACACUCACAUUCGCUCACACAUAUUCUACUGCUCGUCCGUCAGGGCGGUGGUGUCUGUACGUCACCAUACACAAUAUCCCCAUUGCAGGAUAAACCAGCCUACGUUUCCCUUCGCCAUGGCUAGCUUUCUUCGCCGCCAUAAGGAGCACGAUCCUCCGGUUGGCGAGCUUCCCGUUCCCCAUGGACCGGAGACUGGCCACGAACACCAACACUAUCCCCGCCGAGUUUCCACAAGCUAUGCCACCGACUACGAGAAGCAAAUAUUCUCACAUCUACUCCGGCCCGAUGAUUCGUACACCCCAGAAGGUGUCUAUUGGGCCGACCUUCCUUUUUCUCAACGCUUCGCCUUUGUCAAUAAAGUCAGCUCACAGGAGACCAAGUCAGAGCUCAAGUCGAUAUGGGCCAUGUUCAAACAAGAUCCCCUCAGUCCUUUCUCUUGGUACUUUCGGAAUUCCGUCCUUCCCGGCGCUGGCUUGCUCCUAGAAGGUUAUGUGCUGUUUUCGAUUGGAAAUUUGCAGCCAUUGUUUGCCAAAGUCUGGAAAGGCUGCUGGGGUACACAUGAAGUGUGUGAUAAGAAUUGGGUAGCAUCAGUGACCUAUUUAGAAAUCAUUGGUAUCAUGUUUGGUCAAACUGGCGUCGGCAUCAUUGGCGACUGGAUUGGACGAAGAUGGGGCCUGAUACAAGAUGCGCUGAUCAUGUUCAUCGGCUUGUUGCUGCUUACUGGUUCUUGGGGUGUUACGCUACAAGGAUGGGUAAUCCUCUAUGCCUUCUCGUUAUUCUUUUACGGUAUAGGAGUUGGUGGGGAGUAUCCCAUUACGGCAACAUCUUCCAUGGAGAAUGCCGUUUCAGCUGGCAAACUAUCCACUCGGGAAGACCGUCUACACCGAGGUCGAAAAGUCACACUGGCUUUUCUGAUGCAGGGCUGGGGCCAAUUCUUCAAUCAGAUCGUCUUGACCGUUCUAUUGGUGAUUUUCAACCGAGGCACUGGUGGCGAACCGCCCUAUAGCCAGUUUGCUGCGCAGUACACAUUCCGAAUCUCGUUUGCGCUUCCUGCGAUUGGCACGUUGUGGCUUGUCUACUAUCGUACCUAUAAGAUGAAAUCCGCAUCCAAACACCUCGAAAAGGCCAAGAAAAAGGCCAAUGUGACAGGAUAUGACGUCAAAUCACUCAAGACCACGUUCAGCAACUUCGGCGGUCGACUCUUUGCCACUUCUGCUGGCUGGUUCUUCAACGACGUUUUCUUCUACGGAAACAAACUUUUUCAGAGUCAAUUUAUCAGCGUCAUUUCCGAUAAUCCCGACUCGCUUUUGACAACCUGGAAUUGGAACUUGGUCAAUGUGGUUGUCUCGCUUGCUGGAUACUAUGCUGCGGCACUGUUGAUUGACAACAAGAUGUACGGCAGGAAAAACAUGCAGCAGAUUGGUUUCCUCGUCUGUUUCCUCGCCUUCGUCAUCCCCGCUUUCAAUUACGAGUACUAUACGAGCCCAGCUGGAAUCCACAGCUUUCAAGCUCUUUAUUUUCUUUCAUCUUUCUUCAACCAAUUCGGCCCCAACUCAGUUACUUUCCUCGUUGCCGGUGAAGUGUAUCCGACACAAGUACGUGCCAGUGCACACGGGUUUUCAGCCAUGAUUGGAAAGUCCGGAGCUCUUCUAGCAUCCGUGCUUUACAACUACAUCGACAACCCGACCAAGUUCCUCGUUGUGCCCUGGUUCGGUCUUGCCGGUAUGCUCGUCACUCUGAUCUGGCUUCCGGACACCACUGGCCUCGACUUGAAAGAACAAGAGCGUCGGUGGCAGUGCAUACUAAACGGCAAUCCCGAGGAGUACCACGGAAUUGCUGUCCACCCCCAACACCUGUCGUUAUGGGAGCGAUGGAGGGGUGAUGGGAAAAGCUACCACCCCGAUCUUGACAUGAAGGCCAAGAUCCAUGACCUCCGCGCAGAGUGGGAGGAGAGAAGGGCCACCAGCGACACCGAAUCGGCAGAAUUCGAAGACGACGAUGAGGAUAUCACACAGGAUAUCCGUAAUUACUUCGUUGGCAACUCUCCGAAUGUUCCCAACCCGCUGAAAAAGGAGAAACUGAAGGAGGGCAGUUCAGCAUCUGAUUCAAUCGACCACUACCCUGCUGGCACAGAAAUUGAUGUCGAUGAGAAAGUUACGAGGUUAUGAAUGAAGGAUCUGACUUGUUAUAUAAUCUAUUAUGCAUUUUUACGGCGUUCUGGUUUUUGGCAGGCUGGCAAAGCCUAUUUUUUAUGAGCGCAUGGGCAAGAUCAUACAGUAUAAUAGUCUUAUUUAUUACCUCAGAAUAAAUAAAAGUCAGACUAGGAAAUGAAGUAUUGC